GGUGGCUUUUCUGAUAUUAGAGUUAGAGAUUUUGGAUUGUCCUUUAGCAAGCACAUAAAGACAAUUUGCACUUAUGUCUGUAAAAGGCCGAAGAGACAACAUUAAGAAUUCAGUGACCUUCAAUGAUGUUCAUGUGAAAUUCAACCAAGAAGAGUAGGCCUUGCUGGAACCUUCCCAGAAGCAACUCUACAAAGAUGUGAUGCUAGAGACCUGUGAAAACCUCGCUGCUAUAGGCUACAAUGGGGAUAAACAUAAUAUUGAAGAACAUUUUCAAAGUUCUACAAGUAAUAAAAGGCAUGAAAGUAGUCAUACUGGAGAGAAACCCUUCAAAUGCACUCUAUGUGGGAAAGCCUUCCCGUAUACCACUGUUCUCAUACGGCAUAAAAGAACACACACUGGAGAAAAACCUUACGAAUGUAACCAGUGUGGUAAAGCCUUUGCAGAAAACAGUCAUCUCAUACGGCAUAAAAGAACACACACCUGAGAGAAACCAUAUGAAUGUAACCAGUGUGGUAAAGCCUUUGCAGAAAACAGUACUCUCUUAAGCCAUAAAAGAACACACACUGGAGAGAAACCUUAUGAUGUAAUGAGUGUGGUAAAGCCUUUGCAAAAAGCAGUCAUCUCAUAAGACAUAAAAGAACAAACACUGGAGAGAAACCUUAUGAAUGUGACAACUGUGGUAAAGCCUUUGCAGAAAACAGUCAUCUCUUAAGCCAUAAAAGAACACACACUGGAGAGAAACCUUAUGAAUGUAACCAGUGUGGUAAAGCCUUUGCACGAAACAGUCAUCUCAUAAGACAUAAAAGAACACAUACUGGAAAGAAACCUUAUGAAUAUUUCCUAACAUGAUAAAGCCUUUGCACAGCAGAGUAGUCUCUGAAAACAUGAAAAAACACAGAGUGGAGACAAGCCUGGUGAGGAAAAUUAGUGUGAUUAAGCCUUUACAUGUAACAGUCAUCUCCUAAGACAACAACACAUUCUGGAGGGAAACCAUAUGAAUUAACUGUGUGGCAAAGCCUUUGCACAUAACAUCUCCUAAUACAUAAAAAAAAAACACAUACUGGAAAGAAGCUGUCUGACUGUAACCAAUGUGAAAAACUUUUGCACUUCAGAAUCAUCUUCACACUCAUGAAAGAAAUACUAAUGGACAGAAAGCCUGUGAGUGCUUUUACCAUGGUGAAACCAUUCCAUAUUUGUAUAAUCUUCAUCAUCUUGGAAGGAUUCAUACUGGAUAGAACUUAUGAAUGUGUUAAAAUGGUGAGGCCUUGCACAAAUCUACAGUCAUCAUCAUCAUGAAAGUAUCCCUACUGGAGAGGAAUUCUGUGACUAAAAGCAAUAUGGAAAGGCCUUUGUGUUCUUUGGUCCACUGAGAUCCAACAGAAGUGAAAAUCUAGCUCAAUGGAAAUGACCUUCCUUUUCUGAAGGGAAAGGUUAAAGGGAAUAGAGACAAUAGGA